GCAACAUUUUGUGAACAGGUGGAUCUGGGGAAGUGCCUCGGACACUCGUUACAUAUCGAAUUUAGAAAUAAAAUGGGAUGAAAUUUUAACCGUAUUAAAAAAAAUCCCAUCGGAAAAUAAAAUCAAAGCAAUCGGCCUACUUAAUUUCAACGAGCGCGAAAUCGAGCAAUGGAAGAAGUUGACUCCCUCAGCCAAUCAUCACUUGGUCCUCCAAAUGGACUACGCCGACAAAAACGUGACAUGGGAGUCCAUAUACCCCGAGUGGAUCGACGAGGAACAAGAGGAGGAAUUACCGAAAUGCCCUUCUCUGCCAGAUGUCGAGUUCCCGAGGAAACGGGUGGAUCUCGUUGCGGUCAAGCUUCCUUGUCGGAACGAAGGGAAUUGGUCGAGGGAUGUGGCUAGGCUACAUUUACAGAUGUCGGCUGCUGGCGUAGCUGCAUCCUUCAAGGGGAAUUAUCCGGUGCAUCUCGUUUUCGUGACGAGGUGCUUUCCUAUACCGAAUCUUUUUACGUGUAAGGAUCUCGUUGCGCGUGAAGGAAAUGUGUGGUUGUAUCGACCGGAUUUGGAUGCGUUGAGGCAAAAGAUUCAAUUGCCGAUUGGAUCUUGUGAGCUUGCACUUCCAUUGGGAUCAUCCAUAGAACGGGACGACAACUCGGGAAAAACGCAACGGGAGGCGUACACAACGAUCCUCCACUCGGCCAACGACUACGUCUGCGGGGCCAUAGCGGCUGCGCAGAGCAUCCGCAUGUCGGGGUCCACACGCGACCUCGUGAUCCUCGUCGAUGAAUCGAUCGGCGACCACCACCGGCGCGGUCUACAAUCCUCCGGAUGGAAAGUGCGCACAAUAAAACGAAUCCGAAACCCGAAAGCCGAAAAGGACGCCUACAACGAGUGGAACUACAGCAAGUUCAGGCUAUGGCAGCUCACCGAUUACGACAAAAUCAUCUUCGUAGACGCCGAUCUACUCAUCCUACGGAACAUCGAUUUCUUAUUCAAAAUGCCCCAAAUUUCCGCCACGGGCAAUAACGGAACCCUAUUCAAUUCCGGCGUAAUGGUGAUCGAGCCGUCGAAUUGUACAUUCAAGCUUUUGAUGGAUCAUGUGGAUGACAUUGAGUCCUAUAAUGGCGGAGAUCAGGGUUAUCUGAAUGAGAUUUUCACGUAUUGGCACCGGAUUCCGAAGCACAUGAAUUUUCUGAAGAAUUUCUGGAUCGGAGACGACGAA